AUGGAGUCGUCGCGUGGCCCGCCCAGGGUCAAAAACAAGGCCGCGGCCCCCAUCCAGAUCAGCGCCGAGCAGCUGCUUCGCGAGGCCGUCGACCGGCAGGAGGUCCAGAUCCAGGCCCCGACGCAGCGCUUCGCCGACCUCGAGGAGCUUCACGAGUACCAGGGCCGGAAGCGCAAGGAGUUCGAGGACUAUGUCCGGCGGAAUCGCGUCAAGCUCAGCAACUGGCUGCAGUACGCGCAGUGGGAGCUGGAGCAGAAGGAGUUUGCGCGCGCGCGGUCUGUCUUUGAGCGCUGUCUCGAUGUCCAUCCCAACGAGGUCCAGGUGUGGACGCGGUACAUCGAGGCCGAGAUGAAGUCGAGAAACAUCAACCAUGCCCGGAAUCUGCUGGAUCGCGCAGUCACCCGACUGCCCCGAGUCGACAAGAUGUGGUACAAGUAUGUGUACAUGGAGGAGAUGCUGGGCAACAUCCCCGGGGUGCGGCAGGUCUUUGAUCGGUGGAUGCAGUGGCAACCGGGCGAGGCGGCAUGGAGUGCGUACAUCAAGCUGGAGAAGCGAUAUGGCGAAUACGACCGAGCCCGCGAAAUCUUUCGGACCUUCACCAUGGUUCACCCAGAGCCCAGGAACUGGAUCAAGUGGGCCAAGUUCGAGGAAGAGUACGGAACGAGCGACCAGGUUCGCGAGGUCUUUGGGACGGCGGUGGAAACGCUGGGCGACGAGUUUGUGGACGAGAAGCUGUUCAUUGCCUAUGCCAGGUUUGAGUCCAAGCUCAAGGAGUAUGAGCGGGCGAGAGCCAUCUACAAAUACGCCCUGGACCGCCUGCCCCGAUCAAAAUCAAGACUGCUGCACGCGGCAUACACGACAUUCGAAAAGCAGUUCGGCGACCAGGACGGCGUGGAAGACGUGGUCUUGUCCAAGCGAAGGGUGUACUACGAAGAGCAGGUGCGCGAGAACCCUAAAAACUACGACGCCUGGUUCGACUAUGCCGGCCUUGAGGAGGCUUCCAGGGAUGCAGACCGUGUUCGGGACGUCUACGAGCGAGCGAUUGCCCAGGUCCCGCCGACGCAGGAGAAGCGGCACUGGCGCCGGUACAUCUAUCUCUGGAUAUUCUACGCCGUGUGGGAAGAGCUCGAGGGCCAGGACAUUGAGCGCGCCCGGCAGAUUUACACGACAUGCCUGAGCCUGAUACCCCACAAGAAGUUUACGUUUGCCAAGGUAUGGCUGCUGGCGGCCCAGUUUGAGAUUCGACAGGGCGACCUGGGAGCUGCCCGGAAGCUGCUGGGACGCGCCAUUGGCAUGUGCCCCAAGGACAAGCUCUUCAACGGAUACAUCGACCUCGAGCGGAAGCUGUUUGAGUUUGUGCGCUGCCGAAAGCUGUACGAGAAGCACGUCGAGUUCAACCCGACAAACUGCCAGACGUGGAUCAAGUUUGCCGAGCUGGAGCGCGGCCUGGACGACCUCGACCGCGCGAGGGCCAUCUUCGAGCUGGCGGUCAGCCAGCCGCAGCUCGACAUGCCGGAGCUGCUGUGGAAGGCCUACAUCGACUUUGAGGAGGAAGAAGGCGAGUACGAGAGGACGCGCGAGCUGUACGAGCGGCUGCUGGAGAAGACGGACCACGUCAAGGUCUGGAUCAGCUACGCGCACUUUGAGAUCAACAUCCCCGAGGAGGGCGACGACGACGCCGCCGCCGCCGCGGACGACGAGGAGCAGCCCGUCAGCGACGAGGCCAAGGCACGCGCCCGGCGCGUCUUUGAGCGCGCGCACAAGAGCAUGCGCGACAAGGACCUCAAGGAGGAGCGCGUCAGCCUGCUCAACGCCUGGCUCUCGUUUGAGCGCACGCACGGCUCCGAGGCGGACGUCGAGGCCGUGCAGAAGCAGAUGCCGCGCAGGGUCAAGCGCCGGCGCAAGGUCCAGGACGAGAGCGCCGGCGAGGACGUCUACGAGGAGUACAUCGACUACGUCUUCCCGGCCGACGACCAGCAGGCCAGGAGCCUGUCCAACAUUUUGGCCGCGGCGCAGCAGUGGAAGCAGACGGGCGGCGGCUUGUCGGGCGCUUCGUGAGGAGGAG